CGGACUCUGAUAGUCGGCGGUGAAGCGAGUACUAUAUGUAUCUGGGAUUUGGGCGCUUCUAUACCCAGAAUUAAAGCCGAGUUGACGUCAUCGGCUCCGGCCUGUUAUGCACUCGCUAUUAGUCCGGACAACAAAGUUUGUUUCAGUUGUUGUAGUGAUGGAAACAUUGCUGUUUGGGAUCUUCACAAUCAAACACUUGUCCGACAAUUUCAAGGACACACUGACGGCGCGUCUUGUAUUGAUAUCAGUAGCGAUGGGAACAAGUUGUGGACCGGAGGUCUGGAUAAUACAGUUCGCUCGUGGGAUCUCCGAGAAGGCCGUCAACUACAACAACACGACUUCUCGUCUCAGAUCUUUUCUCUGGGUUAUUGUCCGACUGGCGAUUGGCUGGCAGUCGGAAUGGAGAGCUCUAACGUAGAAGUGCUUCACUGUUCAAAACCAGACAAAUAUCAGUUGCAUUUACACGAGAGCUGUGUUUUGUCGUUAAAGUUUGCAAACUGUGGCAAAUGGUUUGUCAGUACCGGUAAAGACAAUCUUCUGAAUGCUUGGCGAACCCCUUACGGCGCCUCUAUUUUUCAGUCAAAGGAGUCCUCAUCGGUGUUGAGUUGUGACAUCUCUUCGGAUGACAAGUAUAUAGUGACCGGUUCUGGAGAUAAGAAGGCUUCGCUCUAUGAAGUGAUCUAUUGAUCCAAUAUUUGAUUCAAUCUCUUUGGUGUCAACCCUUUGUCUCAUCG